UUAUGAAACCUCCAAAACGAAGAUUCUUUUCAAAAACAACAUUAUCCUUUUUUUUUUUUUUUUUCAUUUAUGACAGGAUGGUCUUUUGGAGUUUCACCACCACCUCAAAAGUAGUCAUCAUACUCCUAAGCCUCCUGUCCCUCCUUCAACCCUUAACCUCAAUCCGCCUUGGCCUUGUCCGUUUACCCUUACCGGACCUCCCUUCUUUUCGCGAAGCUCCGGCUUUCCGAAACGGCGAAGGAUGUGGCUCAUCAGAAGCUGACCGGAUAAACGUUGCCAUGACGCUAGAUGUCAAUUACCUCCGUGGCACAAUGGCUGCAGUUUUGUCCAUGUUACAACAUUCAACAUGUCCGGAAAAUCUUGCUUUUUACUUUUUAUCUGCUCAUGAAUCUCCGGAACUAUUCACAAGCAUAAAAUCAACGUUCCCUUAUCUAAACAUGACGAUUUAUAGGUUCGAAUCUAACCGUGUACGCGGCAAGAUAUCAAAGUCCAUACGACAAGCAUUGGAUCAACCUUUGAAUUACGCAAGGAUAUAUCUCGCAGAUACAAUACCGGAGAAUGUAAAACGUGUUAUAUAUUUAGAUUCCGACCUUGUCGUGGUUGAUGAUAUAGCUAAACUUUGGGGUGUAGACAUGGAAGGAAAAAUAGUGGCUGCACCAGAAUACUGCCAUGCAAAUUUCACGUUGUAUUUCACGGAUCAGUUUUGGCGGGAUCCUGUUCUUUCGAAGACGUUUAAAGGAAGAAACCCGUGUUAUUUCAACACUGGUGUGAUGGUAAUGGAUGUGGAGAAAUGGAGAAAAGAGAAAUACACAGAGAAAGUUGAAGAAUGGAUGGCGGUGCAGAAGCAACGUAAGAGGAUAUAUCAUUUAGGUUCUCUUCCACCAUUUUUGUUGGUUUUGGCGGGAAACAUAAAAGCGGUUGAUCAUAGAUGGAACCAACAUGGAUUAGGUGGAGAUAACCUUGAAGGCAAAUGUAGAAGCUUACAUCCAGGGCCUAUAAGUUUGUUACAUUGGAGUGGAAAGGGAAAACCAUGGUUGAGGUUGGAUUCUAGAAAGCCUUGCAUUGUGGAUCAUUUAUGGGCUCCUUAUGAUCUAUAUCGAUCUUCGAGACAUUUUUUCGAAGAAUGAUUUGAGAAAUGGGAUGGUGAAGAGAGAGUUCUAUAAUGAUGAGAAAGGGUUGUUGGAUUAAUAUCUAUAACUCAAAUUUUGUUGACAGGAAAUGGAACUAAUUAAACAAACCUCCAAGAAUAUUGGAGUUAUACAUUGUUCUUUUGUUCCCUUUCUUUGUCUUUUAGUUUUUUUUUUUCUUCAUUUUUUGCUCAUAGUGAUUGUAAAAGCAUGCCAAUAAUCAAGUUGCGCUGAUUAAUUAGUCUAAGAGUUAAAAAAAAUGUUAUUGGGUGGUUGGUGAUAUUAGUUUGGAAAACAUUGUUAGGGUCCAAUUCAAAUCAUAUGUGCAAAAAAUAAACCUUCAGCAACAUGCAAGCUUCAUGUUAGCAAUGUUGUUAUUUAUA